AUGACAAAAUCUCUUGGAGGCAAAUACAGUGCCGUAUAUUCACUUUCUAUGGAUUCUUACCCUGAACUAACAGACAAUUGCCUGACCCAUGAGGACGACCAGGAUGUGGGGUCGGGCAAGGACUCACCGGUAUCCCUACCCCAACAUGUGGGGUGGUCGGAUGACAGUGACUAUGAUAGACCGCGAUUAAAAGGACACAAUGAUAGUCGUGUGAAAUGUAUGUGUUGUAUAAUAUGGAUAUUAUUUUUGUCAACGAGUGGAAUGGUGAUUGUUUUAGGGUUGAUUUAUACAGGUGUGGUACAUAUAACGACAGUGUACAACGCUACAGCCAGUCGUAUAGUCACUACCCAUAGUAUUUAUCCUAAUGGUACUUCAAUACGUACUUCAGAUAGAAAAUUACAGGUGUGUAAAACACCAGAAUGUAUAGAAACAGCGGCCAGUAUUUUGGGAAGAAUGGUUCCUGAUGCCAAUCCAUGCCAGAUCAUGUCAUCACUCUUUUUCCUAAAUUCAGAGGAAUUCAAGGAAUCAUUAAAGUGCACGUGA